AUGGUUGAAGUUUUAUAUUACUACACUAAAGGAGAAAUAUCUGGAUGUGGAGCAUACUUCCAAACAACAGAUCCAUCAAAACCAGGAUAUUAUCAAAUCAAGAGUAAAAAUGAAAAAUCAUUAUCACCAUCAUUAACAUUAAAAGAUGACGUUGAUGAUAUUGAUAAACCAAAAAAAAGUUUGGAUAAAGAUGAUUUGAAUAGUUUGAUUAGUAUGAUGGAUGAAGAUACUAUAAAACAAUUUUUGAUUUGUCAACGUUGUAUAAAUCUUAGACAUUAUAACAGAUCUAUGAUAGACUUAAACAAGGAUGAUGAAGAGUCGAGGAAAAUGAAAACAUCAUUAUCGUCACUGGCAACAUUUAGUCAAGCUCAAACUAACGAGAGAUCACUAAGAUUCCUGAGAAAUCAUAAUAAUGAAAUAGUACUAAUCGUAAUAGACAUUUUUGAUUUUCCAAAUAGUUUAAUAAAAGAUUUAGAUAAUCUGAUUGGUAGAAGCAAUCAAACUGUUUUGAUAGCUAAUAAAAUAGAUUUAUUGCCUUCCACAUCAUCACUGCUAACAACAGGACGAAGUUACUUGAUGAGAUGGAUAAGAUCACAAUGUUCCAAAAUGGGAUUAAGAAACCUUGAAGAUAUUUAUUUAAUUAGCGCCAAGAAAAAUGUUGGAGUUAAGCGACUGUUCGAGUAUGUUUCAAGCUUGAGAUACAUCAACAGUAAUGUUUAUUUGGUUGGUUAUACGAAUGUAGGAAAAUCUGAGUUGAUUAAUAGUUUUUUGAGAAGAAUUGCACAAGGCAAAUAUCCAGAAAAAGGAAAUGGCGAUGGCGAUGAUAAUAAAGAGAUAUAUGAAAAGUAUAAACUAACAUCUUCAUUUAUACCUGGCACAACUAUCAAUAUAAAAAUAAAAUCGUCAAAGUCGAUAAUGAAUUAUUUAUAUGAUACACCAGGAAUAGUUAAUAACAAUCAAUUGAUAAAUUAUCUGAACGAGAAUGAAUUAAAGCUAACGACACCACAAAAAUUAAUAAAACCUUUAACUUAUACACUUCAUCCAGGAAGAUCAUUACUGUUUGGAGGAUUUGGUAAGAUUGAUUAUGUCGAGGGCAGUGAAAAACCAAUUCAAUUAACAAUAGUUAGUAGAAUUCCGAUUCAUAUUGCAUCGAUUGACAGAUCGUUCGAAUAUUUUAAAGAAAUGAGCGAGCAAGGUAAACAAACAAUAUUAAAACCGCCAAUUGGAUCAUCAUCAACAUCAUCGGAUAGAAUCAAAUCAUGGCCUAAAUUAGUAAAGUGCAUUAAUAAGUUUAGUGUCGGAAAAAAUAAUACAACGGGGGUAAUUUUUAAGGACAUUGUGUUUUCAGGUGUCGGAUGGGCUUCUAUCGAGUUUCAAAGUCAUUAUCAACAACGACAUCAGAUACAGCACGACAAUUAUAAUAAUAUUGUUAAAUCAGGAGAAAAAGAGGAAGAAAAUAUUCCAAAAUUAAAUGUUUGGGCGAUUGAUCGGAAUGGUGGCACAGUUUCUUCUGCAAGGAAAUGA